UAUAAAUCUGUAUUAAAUUUAAGAAAUCUGUACUCUGUAUUAAAUCUGUAUGCGCAAGUAAAAAUCUGUAUAAUACAGAUAAAUCUGUAUAAAUGGCAUCUCUGGGUAGGAUGAUGUUUUGUUAUAUUUGCCGGUGUUUUCUAGCAUCUAGGUUUUUAUUAAAUUAACGUUCAAUUUACGUUACAUAGAUGUUCUUAGAUCUUAAUUUAGCAAAAAGCUGCGUUUUGUUUUGAUUACAUUUACUAUGCCAGUAUUUGAAUAAUGGCUGGUGCCCUGAACAAUAAUAAUCGUGAAGUGCAAAUUUUCCACUCGGACGUCUUACUCAAAGUUCUCAGUUCAAAAAGGUUGUUGAUUGAUCAUGUUGAAAUCUUAGAAGUAUGUUUAGAUGGUUUGGAUCACCGAGCUAAUCCUUGGUUCACGGCCCCCAGAUGUCUAAUUUUGAGCUCAGUUUCUGGAGUAGGCGCAUAUUUGCUAGGUCGAGAGCAUAUAAAAUGGUCUCUUUCAUUUCUUACCACGAGCACUAUUUACGGGUUGGGAUUUUUCUUAAAAUGGAUGAAACAAGUCUGUUUUAGUCGACGAUUGAAGCAAAUUUCCACUCUUAUUCGAUCACUGGAGCAGUUUGAAGCGGCUGUUAAGAAAAACGUACUAUUCUUAAACGAAUGUAAUCAUGUACGAUCAGCUCAACUAGCACUGGAUAAGUUGGGAAGUGGAAUGGCUAAUUUUGCGACCAAUUGCUUUCGAUGCAUUGUUGAAGUUAUCAAAAUAAUACAUGCUUCGAUUAAAAUGUUAGAGUUGGACUUUCCUUUGGACGAACGAUGGGACUCUCUGUAUAUGCCUAUGGAAGAACUGGAAGGUUGUGAAACGUUUUUAACUGAUGCAGCUAUUGCGCCGAUAGAGUUGAAAGUUAUAAAAGAUGUUUACAACAUUUUUGCCUACGUUCAGUCACAGUACCUAACUCGAUUAGUUCUCUCAAUUGUCUGUUCAACAAAUCCUGUGUUUCCUUGUUCGAUUUUGAAGCUUUCCAGUGAAAUUCAAUUUCGUAAGAAUGCGUGCCUAAAAUAUCUCAAUAGAGUUAUGGAUUAUAAACGUGAAAAAAUACCGAAUCGUCAAUCGACCAGCACAAUCCCAGCUGAAGUACUUAACGUUCGGAGUUUUUCUCUGACAUUUGUGACCAAGUUAUUAAACACUGCUCACCGAUUCAAUUUACUAGAAGAGGAACUAGAGAAUAGUAUACAAGAAUACGAUAAAAAAUCUUUUGCAUCUUUCCUGGAGUCAAUGGAAGCUUCUCUGGAAACAAUUACUAAUGAUUUACUCACAUCAACUGAAGAGUGUCAACGUUUGUUGAUAAUGGUGAAAAAAAUACUCAACAAGGAGAAUGUUGGCUCUCUAGAACUGUCUGGAUUAUUUCAAGAACCAUCCACCAAAAACGAUGAUUUGACAAUCAAUCAUGAACGCGUAUUUUCGGAACAGGAUGAACCAGUGUUCAAAGAUGAAUUCUUUGCAGUUGUUGGUUCUCAUUGCGAUUUUGAUACAGAAAAACGCAAAUCAAUCAAUCUGACGGAUGACUUGGAAGCAGUCAAUUCGAAAAUUGUCAAAAGGCAUUUCAAACCGGUACUGGAACAAUUGCGUGAACGGAUUGAACCAAUCGGUGUACAGUUCAAGCAGAGAGAAAAACAAGCUCUGCUUGAUAAAGGAAUAGACUGGGUCGAACUGGAGGUAGAUGAUGUUGGUAAAACGACUUCGGAGAGUGAUUCAGAUGAUCAGGGCGAUGAUGAACGGGACACUAGGAAAUUUCGGAGCUCUGUUAGACGGUACGACGAGGUAAGAGACUUUCUGGCGGCCAAACAACAAACGAACAUAUUUGGAUUAAAACCUAUUACUAACAUAGUAAGUGAGGAUGUGCUCGAAUAGGUAGCAGUUGAGUUUUCGAAUUAUUCCAUUAGGAGUUUGAAAAUCUUGAACAGCAAUAUCCCGAAUGAAUGUGUAUUCAAAUGGACGUCAACGUUUCUGUGCGUGUAUUCAAAUUUGUCCGGGUUUCAGAAACGGAGCCGGACAAAUAAAACAAUGAAUUCCUAUAACGGUGCUGCUAGUCAUUACAAAUAGAAAGUUCUUGGAUGUAAGCUGAGAAAAAUGUGCAUUAUCUUCUUAGUUUCGGUAAUUUCACAUAAGACAGUGACAGUAUCUGUUUGCUUACAUGCUGAGGAAAAUGUGCAUUAUCUUCUUAGUUUCGGUAAUUUCACAUAAGACAGUGACAGUAUCUGUUUGCUUACAUGCUGAGGAAAAUGUGCAUUAUCUUCUUAGUUUCGGUAAUUUCGCAUAAGACAGUAUCUGUUUGCUUACAUCCUCUUUCGCGUGUUGUGGCACAAUUAUUACGUUUUUGUUUCAUUUUCCAGUUCUGAUCUAAUGUUUUUGGGUUUCAGGUAUCGCUUUUUUCUUUGCUGUGUCACUAGCGUGACAGGCUAAAGUCAGUGUUGGCACAUCUUGCCCGUGUAUUGUUAGAUUAUAAUUUUAUUUUGUAUUUUAAUUUCGAUUGUGUUUUUUCCACAUGUUUUGUUGAUUUAUAUUCGUAUAGGUUAUGUUUCGAUUUUAUUAUUAUUUUCGAUUACUCUGUGAUUUUCGAUUGUAAUUUCUUUUAAAUUGACUCCCGAUGAUGUUUCGCGGCGUCGCCACACGGAUUCACUCUAGGACAAGAAAAAACUUUCUUCCGCGAACAGAAUAGAAUACACGCACCAGUGCGAAACGAGAUGCUUACACGUUGAAAGCUUCACCGGAAGUUGAGGUAUCGUUUAUUAGUAAGAUUUAAUCUCCCCGAUUCUGAAUUUCGUUCGAAUCGGAUUGCUUCGAUCAAAUACGAAAUUUUGCAUUCUGUAGCUCGAUCGAGUUCGACUUUUACAUACAAAAGCAUCAUUCGAUCGAAUUACAGAAUGCAAAUUUUUAUAUUCAUUCUACAAAAUUCGAUUCGUUCAAAAUACUUAGUAGGGGUGAAUAGUCGAUGAAAGUCACUAAAAGUAUGAAAUGUUUAUUACUAUAAUAAAAAUAAAUAUCUGUCAAAUAUA